AUGCCCUUCGUAUGUUUGAUACCUGUGCUGAAGGUUGUAGCUGGCUUGCACACCGUUCUCCCCCUCCAGCAAACCGACGUCACUGAUGACAAAGAAAUUGUCUGGAACCCAUCACAUGGACUCAGAGAUACCUGGCAUGUAUCUCAUAAACACCAGCACGGCCCCAACCCACCACACGAGCAUCGUGGCUCAAUAGGUGCAUUAUCCGGACUCGAAGCAGCCAAAAAACUUGAUCCUGUUUUUUCUGUUAGACCUGACGCCGAAUCAAUGAAGUAUACAAGUCAUGCAAACAUCCACCGUCUCCGCGGCUCGAUAAGUGGUGCCUCAGGCCUCCAGGCUGCACAGAAACUUGACCCUCCUACUUUCGAGCCUGCACAUGCCCCUAGUGAAGUGUUGGCUCAUGGACCAGGUCAUAACCAGCCUGAUCCAUCGUACUACCAUCCAAAGCCUACAUACCAGAGUAAUGUUGCCAAGUCGCUCUAUCGAAGUGUUGGUGUUGAAGAGGUUCAGCAGCCAGAUAGCGCAACUACGGGGUCUAGAGAAAAUCCCAUUAAAAGCAUUACAAAGUCUAGUAUGGAAAAAGGCGAAGCAGAAUCAACGCUGAAUACUCAAAAGACCGAAUCUCGCUAA